AUGUCCGAUUUGCAAGAAAAACUGGAAGGCAUCGAUCUCGACGAGAGCAUCGAAAAAGCUGAAGAAGCUGCCAGCGAUGAAGCCUGGAACUCGUUCAAUUCUGCUAGCGAUCAUCUCUCGCCCGACGAUCGCGCCGCUCUUUUCUCAGAGCUCGCCAAAAUUCAAGACGAGAUUCAAAUUUUCAAAGAUGUUCUCAUGCGUCGACGUAAGCGCGAAGACGAGAUUAAACAAUUGCUCGGAAUCAACGCGAUAACCGAAAUCAAGCAAGAUAUUCAACAAAGCAUUUCCAACGUCAAGGAGAGUCAAAUGUAUCAAAAAACCGCUGAAGUGGCGCAAGUUGCUGGAGAAAUCGCAUCAGAAAAAUGGAACGAGAUCAAAACGCGCCCAAACGUUCAAAAUCUUGGAGAAACCACAAAAUGGACCAUCGGCGGCCUAGCCACCGCCGCGAAGAACACCGCUGAUCAAUUCCAAUUCCGUAAUCCGACGAGAGCUCAAGCCGCUCGCGAGGAGCACUUCUAG